UCAAAAAAAAAAAAAAAAUUAUACUAUAGUUGUAAGUAUAUAAAUAUUAAAUAAAAACUCAAGGGUGUGAUACCAAUGCGUUACGUAUCAGAUUAGGAAUUGAUAUUUAUAGAUAAAAGCCGGCUCGUCCGUGAUUAGGAUCAUCUUGUUAUCCGCGUUUCGCAACGUCAUCUCAUUAAUUCCGCCGCCGUCACCGAGAUAAAUCCUCACUUUCGUGCGUGUAUCAACGAACGGGGGGACGUAUCUGAUCUUUCAAUCUGGAUCGCGAGUCUUCACGCGACCCUACGAUCUCUUCCUUAUACGAUGAUAUCACGGAACGUUUUUCCAAUAUUGUGUCAGAAGUCUCUCCUUUCUUCCAUUCUCCCCCUCGUUUUUUCUUGCGAAUCUACAAAGGCGAGAGAGAGCGACGCAUGCGUCGCGUAGCUGGACCGGCCGACUUCUCGUGCACUCGUGAAAAUUCUCCAGUUAGCGCCGCGACGCGCUCGAAGGAGCCCUUGUUCGUCGGACGGUGGUCCGUAAAAAGCGACGACAAAACUUUUGUCAACAUUCUUGUGAUAGCGGAAAAGAAAAGAGGAUCCGGGAGAACAAAAAAAAAUGUUACGCGAAAAAAUUAUUUUCCGGAAGUAGCGCGCGCGCGCGCGCGCGAUUCAGCCGCGAAAAAUGCAACCGGUACGCAUCGCGAGGAUAGCAUGGAAUAGCGCAGCUGCCGCUCGAGGAUGGCGGCGUACAAAUUGUCAUGGAAGAACACGUUCGGAUUCCUCGGUGAAAAUAAGCAGUCGCGGAUAUCGAGAGUAGUAAAGCCGCUUAUUCGCUCCGACAGACUUGUUCGGAACUUUCAGAAAGAGGUACUCUCUCUCUCUCUCUCUCUCUCUCUCUCUCUCUCUGGCAAAAUGAAACUUUUGUCACACCUGUUGCACGACAGGUGUAAUUUUGACGGAUGCUCGCACGUUCUGGAUCACAAUGUGAUUCGCUUCAACGUCGGUCUAAGGAUUCCUAAUUUUUAUCAAUUUUUUUUCUAAAUUCGAUUCGCGAUGAGAUGUCAUCGACCCGCGACGUCACUAAAAAAUUACGGCUUGUGUGAACGAGAUGCGCGGAGAUGUGCGGACGGUGGUUGAGCGAAAGAGUUCGAAGAUGGGCUCGCGUAUACGGUGGGACGGGAAAGUUCAUCGCUAAUUGUGAAAGGUGCUGAAGAGAACCGAGGGAGUGUGGCAGGCAAGAUGGUGGACGUGUUCAACGUGAGUAAGAGUCAAAAUAUUUGCGUGCUGCCGGAGGACUCGGACAUACUGGAGGACCCUCGAACGCCGACUUUGAGAAGGAUCAGUUACGGCAUCGUGCUGCCGACCAUUUGUUGCUUCGGCAUCAUCGGAAACAUCUUGAAUCUCGUCGUUCUCACGAGAAGAAACAUGCGCGGCACCGCUUACAUCUACAUGCGAGGCUAUUCAGCGGCGGCGCUUCUCGCGAUCCUGUUCUGCAUCCCGUUCGCGCUCAGGGUUCUCAUCCACAAGGACAUCGGGGGAUGGAGUAACUGGCCGCAGGCCUUCUAUCACGUUCACCUCGAGCUCUUCCUAGGCAACGGCUGCCUGGGAGUUGGAGUAAUGAUGCUUCUGGCAUUGACAGUGGAGCGUUAUGUAAGCGUCUGUCACCCCGGACAACACACGCGACCACUCUGCGGACCACCUCACCUAACAGUGGCGCUCAUCCCCCUGGCUACAUUUCUCGUUUAUCUGCCAUGUGUAUUUCGGGGUGAAGUUACGACCUGCCUGCUGGAGCCAGACGGUCCCCUAAUCUAUCAGAAGGGGGAGAAUCGCACGUUUCUUCAUUCCUGGUACUUUCAGAUUUACAAGAUAAUGCUGGAAGUCGUUUUUAAAGUGGCACCGACGAUCCUUCUCGCCGGAUUCAAUCUGAAAAUAAUGAUAGUGUACAGAAGAUCCUGCGAACGACGUCGAAGGAUGACCUUAUCGAGAACCAUUAGCAACGAUGAAGAUCCGAGGACCUUCGCCGAAGAACGAAGGCUCAUUCUUCUCUUAGGCAGCACCAGCAUCCUAUUUCUGGUCUGCGUCAGUCCUAUGGUUAUCUUAAACGUCACUCUCAACGAGAGUAAUCUCAAUCAUUACUGGUACCAGGUGUUCCGGGCGCUGGCCAAUCUGCUAGAAGUGAUCAAUUACUCGAUCACGUUUUACAUUUAUUGCCUCUUCUCCGAGGACUUUCGCAAUACGCUGAUACGUACCCUGCAGUGGCCGUGGGUCAAGAACAAGCGGGAUGGUAGGAGUCUGCCCAUGAAACGUUCCCCGAUACCGCGACCCACGACGACUACGACAACCCCACCCACCACCACGAUUGCCACCCCCGGACAUCUGGCUCGUGCGAGCGUUUAACACGCAUUUCUUUGCCAUCGAUGCCUGGCGAAUCCGUGAUAGUAUUCCGCUGAUCGGAUGCGGGAGAAAGGACUCGAAUCUAGCGCGAGGUCACCGAGAAACUCUAAAUGAAUUGUACGAGUAAACACUCUCUGUAAAUUAAGCCGAGUAUCUCAACGAUGUACGAAAAUACGGUUGACUGUGCACAAUAACGUUGAACAAUUUCGCUUAUAUGUGUACAGAGGCUUGAUAGUGAAAUAUGUAGUAAAUCCUUGCGGAAAUUUCUUCUGGUUGAAUAUCCGUCGUUUCUUUUUUUUUUUUAUAAUAUAAUUAUUGACGAAAAGACAAAGUCUCUCGAAUUGCGUGCGUUAUUACAGUUUACCGCGACGCUCUCUGAGAAUUGCUUGAUUCUUAGGGGCCGAUCUACGGAGGAAGUAUCCGAACUAUGUGUAUCCUGUGUACCAGCGAACUCUGGAAUAGUUGCAGACUACCGAAACAGCCGCAUCCACGAAACAUUCCUGUGUAUAGCUAAAGCCGGGUAUGUCUACACCGGGCUGCUGCUGAUGCUAAACCUGAACGUCCGACUACGACGAUCAAAUCGAGCGGAUCUGAUUAAACAGCUCGUAUCCAAAUAAUUCUCUCUCUCUCUGUCAAACGAUGUACGUUUAACUCGCCCCGCGAGAUCACGAGCACUGAAAUCGGCGGGCUCGAUGAGUUUUCGCGAGACAACAACGGAAAUACAUAAAGGCAAGAGAUUGUGGGUAAGCCACCCGUUUCAAGGAUCCCUUGGGACCCUCUUUUGCACUUUAAAGUACAAGCGGGGAAAAGUUUUUAGCAUUGUCGAUCGAGUUUGCAGGAAUGAGAGCAGAGAGGGAAGGAGACGCAGACGAGAAAAAGAGAGAGAGAGAGAGGGGGAGAAGAAACCGCAGACGGGAAAGAGCCACCGCAAUGCGUCCGUGUGCAUUGUGCGACCCGAGGAAUUUGUCAGAAUUCACGUGGAGACGCGACGACAAGGCUUGUGCAUUGAAUCGCGGGCGAUCGAGCGUUGAAAAUUAAAAGCACGGGCGCUCGUGGGAGCGGCGAGCGGGAAAAGGGGAGGACGAGAAAAAGGGAAUCUAAAUGUGUCGAGUACCUGAGAAUCGUGGGAAUGUUUUUUCUCAAAAAAAAAAUCCACGCGAGCUGAAACCGAGAUGGAUGGAAAUCGCGUUAAAUUUCGGAAUCACCGGAGAUGGAAGGCACCGACCGGAGAGACGCGAAGUUUCUCCGCCUGGAAAAUUUAGGAUUGCAAAUGAAUUAAUGAAGGCGACGUCGUGAGAGAUUUUACGCUACGUGCGAAUUCGUCGUGAUUUAUUUCCGAGUGUUAUGCGCCCCCAAUGAGAGGGAUAAUGAAAAUGGCGUCUCGUGUAACGCGUUAUCAUCAUUAAUCUUUUAUACGCGAUAUACCCUCUCGCUGGCCGAUAAAUUACGUAUCGUUCGAUUAGAUCUAAGCAAUUUAUGUACAGCGUUCGAUACCGAGAUGGGAAUUGAAUUUCAACGAAAUCUAUACAUUUCCGCGCCGUAUAAAAGGAAGGAGAAAAAGCGCCAUGCGAGCGAGCGUAUACAUAUCGUUGGAUUCGAUUUUCGAAUUUAGUGAAAGGACUACGCUGCCGGCUACGAUAAUAAUAUUCCAUCGAACUCUCCAAAAUAAACCGCUACCUCUCGGUUGCAUUGCGUUUCCAAAAUAGACACUGUAUUCCAGAAAGAUAUUCUCUCUCUCUCUCUCUCUCUCUCUCUCUCUCUCUCUCUUUCCCGGGGAAUCGAUAAUUAAAUUUGUUGCAACGGUCCGUUCGCGUUCGAUGGUAAUAUUAUUUCGCUCAUUUGCAUACGUAAAUCCCGACAAAGAACAUUUUGCAACUCCUCCUCCGGCGUCCCAGUUAACUUUGCGAAACGCGCAAGUAAACGGAGAAAAAUAAAUUCAGAGAAAUAUCUCAUCUAUAUUUUCCUAUCCUUUCCCAUAAAUCUUUAUCUUUAUACGAACUGAACGAUAUGUCAUAAGAGUUUCGAAAUAAUUGUUUAAAAUUUAGAAAAUGCUGAUACAAAAAAUAAUAUGAGGGCUGUUACUCUGUCCUUUCUUAAUUUCUUAUCCGCAA